GAAAAACAAAAGCCAGCAAAGAUUCCAGGAUGGCGGCCGAGACCGUCUCGGCGCCGCUGGAAAGGCUGCCUUUUCAUCUUUUAGAAGGCAUCUGUUUCUGGCUGGAUCCGUCGAAAGGCGGCGGCCUACUCGCCUUUUCGCUGGCGAAUCGGCAAUGCGCCUAUGCAGCCAUGAGGUUCCGUCUCCGGCGCAUCCAUCUCAAGAUUGGCAGGCUCAUGUCAGACGAAGAUUUCACGUUUAUGGACAAGAUACCAGAUCUAGAUGUCCGCCUUGGCUUUAUUCACAAUCUUAGGAUUAGUGAUUCCCAAGACCUUAAAGAUGACGCAGAACAGGACGAAACGGGGCGAGAAGAGAUUGACGAGGAAAGCUUCUUUGGGAAGCCUAUUCCUCUUCGUCCUUUAAGAUUGAAAUCCACCCCCUACCAGCCAAGCACACUACCGCAACUGCCAGAGCAGGUUCUACGGAUGAAGGCUAAGAAUCAAGAAACCUGGGCCCAAGUAGCGAGAUUCAUCAGCCGGCUGAGUUGUUUAUCCAAUCUUGUAUAUGAAUGCAUAGGCCAGGUACCGAUGUGCUUGCUCUCAGCGCUGCGCGACAAUUGCCCAAAUGCCAGACUGCAUGUCUAUACCUUCAGCCUUCGAAGUCUCUAUCAGCCAAGAAACGAAUAUCACGAUAUCUCGCCAGAGGAGUAUGCCCUUGCUACGUCACCGAAUCUCUAUGGACUUUACAUGAAACACUCCUCUUAUGAUGAAGAGAGAUACAUCGGCUACAAUCAAGAAGCCGUAAUAAAGAUGGUAGGAGGUUUAGCGCCAAGGCUAUCAUAUGUUGGCAUGGCUAGUAAACCGCUAGGUGGUACCCUUGAGUUGGCCCAAGCCUACCAGUUACACUGGCAAUCCGGUAAGCCGGAAUGGAAGGGUUUCUUCAUCAACGGCAGCCAAGCAUGCGAUACGGUGCAAGGAAAGGGGAGCCUACACACUCUGUAUCUUGACGGAGCUUCAAAGCUACGCAUUCAUCAGUGGUCUGGCUAUACCGACUUUAGCAAGCUGACAACACUGCAGUUGGGAAGUACCAGUAUUGAUGCAGUACAGGUCCUGGCUAGCAUUGGAGAGAGUGGUGGACUUUCUUCUCUUUCCUCUCUCGCUUUAAUGCCUGAAGUAGUGAAUGAGGAGCAAGAAAUGGCUGCUGACGAGUCUGUAUGUCGGCUAUUGCGAGCUUUAAAACCGCUGCGAAGCCUCGAAUUGGAAAAUGAAAUUGGGAAUGACGCCUGGCGAGCAGUGGUUGAUCAACACGGCAACUCUCUUCGGGAGCUUCGUUUCGUCCCAGUUCGGCGUUCUGAAUAUGAUGAUGAGGGUGAGGUUUUCAUGCUCUCCUGUGAUAAGAUACGGCUACUUUCAGGCACCUGUUCACAAUUGGAGAAGCUGGAGCUACGUGUGCCCCGAACCCGUGGCGAUGAAGACGAAGUUGAAAUCUAUCGAAAUCUUGGCCGACUUCCGCGAUUGAAACAUAUCUCUCUAAUCCUUGAGUGCGCUGUCUUCGAUCCUCCUGAGGCAAGGGAUGGCGAAUCAUUUAUUGAAAUAAGUGGUUGGGAACUACCCGUUAGCGUUUACCGCACAGCGCUCAUCAAUACCGCCAUGGAUUCGGUCCUUGCCCAAUCCCUCUUUGAAACAAUAGCUACAACGAGGUCGUACGCUGGCGGCUGCUCGCUCGUCACCCUCAAACUAAAAAUACGCGGCGCUGGAGUCUUCGGGCGGAUCUGGGUCGACAAUGAAGCGAAGAUCCCUCUGCAAUGGGUUGGGCAGAGCUGGUUUGUGAGAAGGGAUUCUCGGGACGGAGGCCUGAUCGUUCAAAAAAUUAAAUCUUUUGUUGAUGAUCUUGAUGUGUUGAAGGAUGAUUUCCCCGAGCGUGAUGACCUAAGAGCUGUCUGGAUGGAUAUAUGGCCAGGCAGCCCUGGUGACAGAAGGAAUCAGUGGCAUAGCUUCCCUCUGGCUGGAUCAACAAAUUGAAAGAGUGAGGCAUGCAAGCUGUUCCAAAUGUGCUGCAAGAAAUUUCUGGUGAUUUUCUUUACCACACAUUGUUCGCAAUUGUCUAACAUCUUCGCAUCGGCAACGGGUAUGAAAAGGAAACUUCAUAGGGCAUUGCUCCGCUGCUUAGAGUAACAACGCCAAAGUUCUUGUCAGAACAGACUGCCUAGACUAAGUCAAACAUCAAAGACCACCCUUAGACUGCCGAUGAAAACAGGUUCAAACAUAGAUCGGACAGAGUCUCGAAUUUGCCAGACAGCCUUCACGGAGACAUUAAGGCGGCGGCGAUAUUGUGUAAUAAAUACCAAUGAGAGGCCACACAUCUAAAAUGUGAGAGGCGGCAGUCAGGUUGGGCAUUCAAGUAGCUAUACAAUUUUGCCUCUGGCCUUUAUAAUACUAAGUUGUAGUGGUUGCCUAGAAAUAUAUAAUAGCAAACGGAA